AUUUGUGUGCGUUGCGGGGCGGCCACCUCGGGAGGACAGCAACCAUGCGUGGUCCUGUGCCACUGCUGGCUGGCUGCUGCUUGCUGGCUGGCUGCUUGCGUUCAUUUGCUCUGUGCGUGUGACAUGACACGAAGACUGGGGGAGACACGCAAUAGCAGAGGGCGGCAAGUGAAAGCACAGCAACAAGGGAGGAACAAAAGAAGGGGAAGGUGAGAACGACGGCCACGAUGAGGUCGAUAUCGACAGCGGCACGCAUGCUGCUGGUUGUUGUGGUGGUGGCGGCGACGACGAUGGUCUCGGAUGCAAGCGCCGUGACCUUCCACGCCACGCCCCAGAAUCACCUCGACUACGACGUGGAGUUGCGUGGCGAAGAAACAGACACAACAAUCGGCGGUGACCUGUACAAGGCAGGAACAAACGAGGUGGUCGGAUUCGGCCGGGGCAAGCGGCGUGCCACGUAUUGGCUCGCCACCUUGCACAUCCAAGGCCGCCCAGCCAUCUACAUCUACCACAUGGACGAUGUGACGAUCACAACCCAAUCAGAGCCGCAGGUCAUCAACUUUGAGGGCGAUGGCGGUGCGCGUGAGGACGAGCUGCUCCGCAAGAUUCAGGCGCCAUCUAGCGGCGGCCGAAGAAGACGAGACUCGAACCAGGGCCAGGACACCGAUUUGCCAAUCUGCACAGUGUUUGUGGACAUUGAUCGCACAAGCUGGCAAGAAGCAGGCAGCGACGAAGAUGCUCUCGGGAUCCACCGCGAUGUGCGGCUGGAGCGCUUUCUUCCACAGCAGUCCCCCGUUGCCGAUUUCCUCGUGUUUGUGCAGCAGCUGCUGGCAGAGGACGCCCUUGAGACAAAUGAGAGCGAGCGGCUGCGCCUGCCUGGACAGCCCGCGGCGAACGACGUGUGCUUGAACAUCUACCUCUCCCACUUUGACCUCUCUGGCGUGAGUGGCGCCACCAUCAUCUCCAACAGCUUCAGCGGCGGCUUUUGCGACACAGACAUCAAGCCUCCGCUGUUUGGCGCCUCUGAUGACAGGCGCGCGUGGAACACCAUCGUGGCCACGAGUCUCUCGAAUGGCGUCGACUUGUCAGAUGACACCCUCUUCCGCACAUUUGCACACGAGAUUGGCCACGCAUUUGGUGCGUAUCACACGUGCUGCCUUGGAUCAAGUUGCUCCUACCAGGAAUCUUGCCAGCGCAGAGACGGCAACAAAUGCAACCCAACAGACGCGUACUAUCUCAUGUACCCCCUGAUCACCUUUGGUGAAAACUCGCUCUCGCUCUCCCCCUGCUCCCGAAGCGACAUCGACUACGCCAUCCAGACACGUGGAUCGUGCUUGUUGACUGCCGAGGAGUUUUCCACGGGCGGUUUCACGCCCGCGCCAACGCCCACCCCGACGGUGACAACAACAAGCAACGUGGUGUCAACAACAGCAAGUGAACAGCCCUCAACCACAGACGACCUCACAACAACCGCAGAUACCACCACCACCACAACAAGAACAAGAACAACAACUACAACCACAACCACAACCACAACCACAACCACAACCACAACCACGCCGCAAUGCCGCCGUCGCCGCCGGAGACGCAGGCGUCGACGUCGUCGUCGUCGUCGUCGUCGCAACUGCUGAGGCGACACCUGAUCAAUGUGCGGUGCCAUGCACACGCACAACUCGUCCAAGCAAGCACGCAUGUACACACGCACACGCACGCGCACACGCACGCGCACACACACACACAUACACAGUUAUUUAGCUGCACCUUGCACGCGCAGCAUUCUUCUGUCCUCUCUUCCUUAAUUUGUCCUCCACUCACUCCACUGUUCAUUCUCACACGAUGAUAGAAACACACACACACACACACACACACACACACACACGCACUGUUCACUUCACACAACGCCCACACUUUUCCAACCCAGUUUACUGUGUCUGUUUGCAUCCCCGCGGCAGAACAGGAGUAGAGCGUAACACGAACAUAAACACGACCA